AGGAGUAGAGCCAUGUGAAGCGAAUGCUGACAUCUGAUGGAGUCGAAUGUGUUCUCCAAUUGACUUCGACUGGCUCUAAGAACGUUGGCCCUCAUAAGUAGUUGGCGACAUACAUUGUGAUGGUUCCUGGCAGCGAUUCAGAGACUCAUUUGGGUUGGAGGUGGCGAAGGAGAAGGAGAGUUUUAAAUUUGAAGAACUUGCAGCUCAUCAGUGCCUUCUGUGUUUGUGUUCUUUCAACUCUUUUAUGUUCAGGAGCUUCUGCUGGAAGCAGCUCUCAAAUGGUUCCUUGAUCUUCUCAUCCAUUCGUCACACUCGAUCUGAGUGGCCAGAUGAAGGAUAUUUUCAGUGCCUGGCUACUGUGCCUUCGGUAGGAACUUUACUCAGUCGAAAGGCUAAGCUUCAAGUGGCAUCUCUACUCCGUUUUGAUGAAGAGCCAUCUGACAAGGAUGUUCUCUUGGGAGAAAAGGCAUUGUUUGUGUGCAGCAUCCAGGCCACACCAUCCCCCACAAUUCUAUGGCUAAAAAAUGGCCAGCCUCUCACACUUGAUGCCAGUCGCAUGCUACUUCUACCUUCUGGUUCUCUGGAAAUUGAUGGGGUCACAAAAAGUGAUGAAGGCAGGUAUCAGUGCAAUGCAACAAACAUUGCUAAUUCCCGACUGAGUCGGGAAGCGGCAUUACAAGUUAUCACUGACCCUGAUUUGCUGAAUGCUCCAAGGCAGCCAGAAUUCAUUUCCAAGCCUAAGAGUACAGUUGCAAUUGAGGGACAGAAUGUGACUCUUGACUGUGUAGCUAAUGGUUCCCCUGCACCUUGGAUAACAUGGCUCAAGGAUGGGACAUCACUUGAUAUGGCGAACUUGGAUAGUCGCUUUGUGAAACUGGGCUCUGGGAGUCUCCUUAUUAUUCAUGUUCAAGAAGCCGACUCUGGGACUUAUCAGUGUCGUGCUUACAAUAAAGAAGAUAGCAUUGAUGCAUCGGCUCUCUUGGAUGUUCAAGUUGCCCCAAGGUUUGAAAAGAAGCCUACCAGUCAAAUUGCUAAGGAAAAGCAGGAUAUCGAGUUGGAAUGUGAAGUAUAUGGAAGGCCGGAGCCAACUGUCGAGUGGUACAAGAAUGGAGAACUUAUCAUAGAAAGUGAUUACUUCCAGAUGGUGAAUGGGAAGCAUUUGAAGAUUCUGGGGCUAGUUAGUUCAGAUGCUGGGAUUUAUCAGUGCAUGGCAUUCAAUGCUGCAGGUUACAUCCAGGCUUCAGCUCAUCUCUCUGUUCUUCCUGCUUCUGGAUCUUCUCCCUCACAUGAAGAGGUCGAGAUAUCUGAUCUUCCCGACCUGGACUUGCAAACGCAUCUCCAUCUAGGUGAUGACUGGGGAGUACAGGGCUUGCCUUCAGACCCUCGCAAUGUGUCAUCUGUCAUCGUAUCUAAGCGUUUUGUGACCUUACGAUGGCAACCACCAUUGCAUUCAGAGGGUCCUGUUCUGACAUACUCAGUCUUUUAUCACCAGGACAGCUCAAAUCGAGAGCGGAUUGUGAACACAUCAAAAGAGGAAACCAUCAUCCAGGGUUUGCAACCAGGAAAGGCAUACACGUUCCAGGUGGUAGCACAUGGUCCACAGGGCCCUGGUAUUCCAUCAAAACCCAUUGUGAUCAUGACUCAAGGAGAAGACAGUAUUCCAACAGGGCCCCGCAAUCUUCGUGCUUUCCCUGUAUCUAAUAGUGCCAUUCAGGUCCAAUGGGAUGCACCCUCCAAUGAUCAUGGAACCCUUCCUCUGCCACUUACAUACAAUGUAUACUACAUGCAGGAGGGAUCAUCAGAAGAAAGUCACAUUGCAACACAGGGUACAAGCUAUGUCAUUCAUAAUCUCCAUCCUUAUACUGAGUAUAGUAUCUGGGUGGCUCCUGAAGGAGGCCGAAGCACUGAGGAUGUUUCAGCCCGUACCCAUUCAGAUAUCCCCUCUGACACACCACAGAAUGUGACUGUUGAGGCUGCUUCUUCCACGAGUAUUGUGGUUCAUUGGGAACCACCACCCCCUGAGCACCAAAAUGGAGUCAUAACUGGUUAUAAGAUCCGCUACAAAGAACGAGGGCGUCGCGGGGAGACCAUCACCACUGAUGGAAACCGUCGCCUCUAUGCCAUUACCAAUCUGGAAAAGGGACAAGAAUAUUCCCUUCGUAUCUCCGCUCUCACAGUCAAUGGUAGCGGACCAUGGACUGACUGGAUUGAUGUGGAGACAUAUCCCAUGGAUCUGGAUGAGUCCGUUGUUCCUGAUGCCCCUGGAUCAAUUCGUGCCCGCCCCAUGAAGACUAGUAUCACAGUGAUGUGGACUCCUCCAAAGAACCAGAGCAUCAUAGUACGAGGUUAUACCAUCGGUUAUGGGAUAGGUGUCCCAGAUGUGUACAAAAAGCUGGUUGAUGGCAAGCAGAGAUACUAUGCCAUUGAGGGUCUUGAACCUAAUGCAGAAUAUGUAAUCAGCCUACGAGCAUAUAAUGGAAUGGGAGAUGGUAGGCCCAUCUAUGAACAUGUUAGGACAAGAGGAGAUGAUGAUACUGAAUCAGCCAGUCCAAUCACACCACCCUUGGGUGUGAAGGCUAUCGUUCAUUCAGAAAACACUGUCGUCCUCUACUGGACGGAUUCUACACUUCCCAGUGAUCAGGUGACCGACAAUCGUUACUAUACAAUUCGCUACACGUCCCAUCCUCAAUCUCCUCGAUACAAAUUUCGCAACACCACUGAGCUCAACUACAUGAUUGAUGAUCUCAAGCCAUACACAAGAUAUGAAUUCUCAGUCAAGGUCACCAAGGGUUUGCGUGAGAGCCAGUGGAGCCUUGUUGCAGUUAACACGACAGAUGAAGCUGCACCAGAAUCUCCACCACGAGAUCUCACCAUUGUUCCAUCAGACAACAACCCUGAUAUGGUAUAUGUUAACUGGCAACCUCCGAAGAUCCCUAAUGGCAUCAUCACUGGGUAUGUGAUCUAUUACACAACAAACCUCUCUCAGCCAGACUGGAAUUGGCUUGUGGAUGGAGUAGUUGGAGAUCGGUUGACGACAACUGUCCGAGGCCUCAAGCCAGGCUUGUCAUAUUAUUUCAAGAUUCAAGCUCGAAAUAGCAAAGGAAACAGCCCUCCUUCUCCAACUGCCAUCUACCACACUCCAUCCUUCUCACAUGGUAGCUUCCUUCUCCUGCCAGCAAGACCAGAUUAA